AAAAAUUUAAUCCUGACCCACGAUUUGAUAUCUGCGUAAGAAGCCCAAAAGCAAAGCCCAUUUGACAUGCUAAUUAUAGUGAGUGACUGCACUGCAACUCUGCAACUAGCUACAACAACGAAUAAAUAGAUUCAACGAAUCUGCUUUGAGCUUGGUUUUCGGCACAGCAACCAAACCCCAAACGCCCACGUCCCGUCUCCGCAUUUCCCAAUUCUCUCUCUCUCUCUCUCUCUCUCAUCCACCGCUCCGCUCCCCAGUCCGCUCUUCUUCUGCUUUCGCCGUCCCCGGGAAACGUCCCCUCUCCCCGCCAAAUCGCCGGACAUUGCAGCUCCCGCCGUGGAACAGUAUUUUACGGAGACAGAAAUGGUGUCCCCGGAGAACACCAAUUGGAUCAUGGAGUACGGCCUCAUCGACGACAUCUCCGUUCCCGAUACCAAUUUCUCUGUUCCGGUCAACGGCUUUUCCUGGCCUGUCCAAACCCUAAACGCCCCUCCUCCCUCUGAUGCAGCCGGUCAAAUUGAUGCCUCAUUUGGAGAUUCCGAAGGCCAGAAAGAAUCAAGUUCCAAGAAAAGGGGUAGGUCGGAGUCGUGUAGCGGAUCGAGCUCGAAAGCAUGUAGGGAGAAGUUGCGUAGGGAUAGGCUCAAUGACAAGUUUCUGGAGUUAGGCUCCAUAUUGGAACCUGGAAGACCUCCCAAAACUGACAAGGCAGCUAUUUUAGUUGAUGCUGUCCGGAUGGUGAAUCAAUUACGUGGUCAAGCACAGAAGCUGAAGGACUCAAAUUCAAGUCUUCAAGAGAAAAUUAAAGAACUGAAGGUGGAGAAGAACGAGCUUCGUGAUGAGAAGCAGCGUCUUAAAGCAGAGAAAGAGAAGCUGGAACAGCAAAUGAAAACCAUGAAUGCUCAACCUAGCUUUUUGCCUGCUCCCCCUGCUAUUCCAGCUGCUGCCUUUGCUGCAGCUCAAGGACAAGCUCCCGGCAAUAAGUUGGUACCUUUCAUUGGCUAUCCAGUAGUCUUCUCAAGCUCCAUUCCCAAAUCUUCAACCCCACACAUCUCUCACCACCACCGCAGCUUUACCGGCAGCCAGUCCCUUCCAUUUUCCCUGACCCAUCGCAACAAUGACCUCCAUCGUCUUUCCAUCACCCACCACUCUUUUCUUCCCAACAAAAGAUCCAAACUUUUCUGUCUUCAAGUCCACUCUUCACUUUCUUCCUCCUCUAACCCACCAACCUCCAGAGAAGAAGCAAUCCUCCAAGCUCAGACCUGCCUCUCCAAAACCUUAGAGAAGCCCCUCAACAAUCCCAAGCUCGUCGGCAGGACCAAGAAGCUCAAGCAGCCUAGAUUCCAAGUUGAAAUCCCUGUGGUUGAUGAUUCCCCUGCUUCCCUCUCUCAACUAGCUCUUGACAUCUUCAACGACUUACCCAUCAAAAGAAAAGGCUAUCUUGCCAAGAUUCUGAUCCUCUGGCCCACCCCUGCACUCAGAGAUGCUGCAGUUGAAGCAUUCCAGCUGUCUGCUUCAUCAUCAGCUAAUGUUGAACACGUCGACAUGUCUGCCUAUGACAACAUCAGGAGACCAAUGUCUGGUUCUGACGUGGCAGUGUUUCUUUCUCCAGAGAGUUCCCAGCUAGUGUACGUGAAAAGAGUUGCAGACGGUUUGUAUCCAAACCCAGUUGUGAUUUUGAACCCAAGAUGGGGGUUUGAAGGAGUGGGUGAGCGUGAUGGUGAUUUUGGAGAAGAGCUUAAUGGCUUUGUGGGUUCCUUUGAGGUCAUCUAUUCGUUCAUGGGGCUGGAGGUUCAAGGAGUUCUGCGCAAGAGGAAAGGAGUGAUCUUUAAGUGCGUGAGGGAUGGAAUUGUGAGUGGCGAGAAGUGGAGUGUUCUAGUUGAAAUAGGAGGUGAGAUGAAGGUUGUUUCACAGUUCAAGGCAAUUGGUGAAGUUGAGAUUGUUCUGUACAACCUGAUGGCUAUCAAGUCUCCCAUCACUAACUCUGCCAAGUUCCUCAAAGAUUUGGUCUCCAAUGUAACUGGAAGGAAGUGA